AUGGUGGGAGUUGCAGUCUUCCUCAAGAAGGCUAAAAGGAACAGGGAAAGCGGAUUGGGAUACAGCGGGUCCUUCUUGGCCGUGUGGAUCGGAGUAGUUUUCCCUUGGAAGAGCUCCUUUGGCGUCAUGAAGGCCCCCUUGGCUACUUUCUCCUUGUGCUGCCUUUGCCAGCUGCUGGUCGUUGUUUCUGCUGGAGAAGCCCUUGCAAAAGGCUUUGGAGAUCAUAUUCACUGGAGGAGUUUAGAAGAUGGGAAAAAGGAGGCAGCUGCCAGUGGGUUACCUCUCAUGGUAAUCAUUCACAAAUCCUGGUGUGGUGCUUGCAAGGCUUUGAAACCAAAGUUUGCAGACUCAAAGGAAAUCUCAGAGCUUGCCCAUAACUUUGUGAUGGUGAACCUUGAGGAUGAAGAUGAACCUAAGGAUGAAGCUUUUAGCCCUGAUGGUGGUUACAUUCCCAGAAUCCUUUUCUUGGAUCCCAGUGGGAAAGUGCAUCCAGAGAUCAUAAACGAAAAAGGAAAUCCUAGCUACAAGUAUUUUUAUACUAAUGCUGAACAAGUCAUCCAGGGUAUGAAAGAAGCCCAAGAGAAGCUGACAGGUGAUGCUUUCAAGAAAAAACAUCUUGGAGAUGAAUUGUAA